AUGGCGAGCUCCGAACAACUCCCACCUGACUUUUCCUGCUACGAAACUCCACCAAUGGAGCCGCCAGCAUACAAAAGAGGCGAUUGCUGGAUUCUGAACAUCAGCGACGUCAAGCCAGAUUUAGCAUCUUUCAUUGGGUUCCCAUGGCACCAGUGUUCUACCAUUACCAUUUAUGUCGGUCCUCGUUACGAGACCCCAGACCGCGACAGGGCUCCCUUCAUUGGUCUCAAUCAGGCGGCUGGGUACUUGAGGGCCGUUAGCAAGCGAGCACUAGCAGCGUGUAUUAUACUGAGAAACGAGCUGACAGCUGAGAUCAAUGCGGGCACCAUGGCCAUCAAAGUCGUUUUCGCCGAACGUUAG